GAGAGCAGCGGACGGAGCGGAGCGGGCGCUCAGAGCGCUCGGCGCGGCGCGGGGCGGCAGCAGCAGCAUGGCCACCACCGUGCCCUGCACCCGCUUCACCGACGAGUAUCAGCUCUACGAGGAGAUCGGCAAGGGGGCUUUCUCGGUGGUCCGGCGCUGCGUCAAGCUGUGCACCGGCCAUGAGUACGCUGCCAAGAUCAUCAACACCAAGAAGCUCUCAGCCAGAGACCACCAGAAGCUGGAGAGGGAGGCACGCAUCUGCCGGCUCCUGAAACACUCCAACAUCGUGCGGCUCCACGACAGCAUCUCGGAGGAGGGCUUCCACUACCUCGUGUUUGACCUGGUGACAGGCGGGGAGCUGUUCGAGGACAUCGUGGCCCGGGAGUACUACAGCGAGGCGGACGCCAGCCACUGCAUCCAGCAGAUCCUGGAGGCCGUCCUGCACUGUCACCAAAUGGGGGUCGUGCACAGAGACCUCAAGCCGGAGAACCUCCUGCUGGCCAGCAAGUGCAAGGGCGCGGCAGUGAAGCUGGCCGACUUUGGGCUGGCCAUCGAGGUGCAGGGCGAUCAGCAGGCCUGGUUCGGCUUCGCCGGCACGCCCGGCUACCUGUCCCCCGAGGUGCUGCGCAAGGAGGCCUACGGCAAACCCGUGGACAUCUGGGCCUGUGGGGUGAUCCUAUACAUCCUGCUGGUGGGAUACCCGCCCUUCUGGGACGAGGACCAGCACAAGCUGUACCAGCAGAUCAAGGCGGGCGCCUACGACUUCCCCUCCCCCGAGUGGGACACGGUCACCCCCGAAGCCAAGAACCUCAUCAACCAGAUGCUGACCAUCAACCCCGCCAAGCGCAUCACCGCCCACGAGGCCCUCAAACACCCGUGGGUCUGCCAACGCUCCACCGUGGCCUCCAUGAUGCACAGACAGGAGACGGUGGAGUGCCUGAAGAAGUUCAACGCCCGCAGGAAGCUGAAGGGCGCGAUCCUCACCACCAUGCUGGCCACCCGGAACUUCUCAGUGGGCAGACAGACCACCGCGCCUCCCUCCAUGUCGGCCGCCGCGGCCCCCCUGGGGCUGGUGGAACAAGCAGCUAAGAGCCUGCUCAACAAGAAGGCUGACGGCGUCAAGCCCCAGACCAACAGCACCAAAGGCAGCGCCGGCGUCACCAGCCCCAAAGGGACACUGCCACCCGCAGCGCUGGAGUCGUCCGACAGCACCAACACCACCAUCGAGGAUGAGGACACCAAAGCCCGCAAGCAGGAGAUCAUUAAGAUCACAGAGCAGCUCAUCGAGGCCGUCAACAACGGGGACUUCGAGGCCUACGCGAAGAUCUGCGACCCGGGGCUCACCUCCUUCGAGCCCGAAGCGCUGGGUAACCUGGUGGAGGGCAUGGACUUCCACCGCUUCUACUUCGAGAACCUGCUGUCCAAGAACAACAAACCGAUCCACACGACCAUCCUGAACCCCCACGUUCACGUCAUCGGGGAGGACGCGGCGUGCAUCGCCUACAUCCGCCUGACGCAGUACCUGGACGCGCAGGGCCGCCCGCGCACCAGCCAGUCGGAGGAGACGCGCGUGUGGCACCGCCGCGACGGCAAGUGGCAGAACGUCCACUUCCACGGCUCGGGGGCCCCCGUCGCCCCCCUCCAGUGAAGGUGAGGGCGGCCCGGGGUGGGUCCCGCCGCCUCCGGACCCCUCCGAGCACCCCCGGCCCCGUCAGCCCACCCCGAGACCCCCACCGAGGCCGAGCCGCCAGCCGGGUGCCGCGGUCCCGGAACGCGCGUCCGCAUGCCUUGUGCCCCGCACCCCCCCACCCCCCGGCCCCCCUCCGCCCGGUGCCUGUGUUUGCAGAAAAAAAAAAAGACAAAAAAAAAAAAAAAAAGACAAAACGACGGAAAACGUUCAAAAAUCGCCCCCCCCCCACUUCCCCUCUGUACGUUCUUCCUCCCCCAACCACGCACCCGUUGGCACGGAGGGGCCGCCGGAGCACGCGGACGCCCGCGGUGUCCCCCCUCCCUCCUCCUCCGUCUGUGCCGGGCUGGGGGGGCUGCCCGGAUCCCCCCCCGGCCGUGCUUGUGGAGUUUCGCUGUUGCUGGUGGUGGAUGUUGUUCUUUGGACUCCGCUUUCGCUCCUUCCCUCCCCGGGUCCCUGUACAUAGAGAGAGCUCUUUAUUUUUGAAUUCCCACGGGAGCAGCCGGUGCCCCCCCCCCCCCGACCCGACCCGACCCCCACCCAGUGCUCCCGCCCGUAGCUCUGCCCCACAAGUGUGGGGUGCGCCAAGGGUUGGGGGCCAGGAGUUCAGUAAUUUGGGGGGGGAGGGGGAGGGUUCCGGCCCUAAGGGCGGGGAGUGGGCGGGGGGCUCGGGGCUGACCCGGCACCCAGGCAGCGGCGCAAGCACUUUAGACUAAGAGAAGGGGUCUCUUAGGGGGCACAGGCUGCUGCCCCCCCCCGCAUCCGACCCGGCCUCCGGGGGUCACCGCUUUGGGGGGGGGCAUCGCCCCACGCCCCCCCCCCCACGUCCCCAUCCCGCACCCGUUGUCGCUGGGGUUGUUUGUGGCUGUGGCCGUGGGGGAUUCCGGGGGGGGCAGGGGUUUAUUUUCUGCAUGCACUUUGCGCGGGAGCACCCUGGAGCGCUAACGCUGUAUGUCGAGGAGCUGAGCUGAGCUGUUUCUGUCCCAUGAAUGCUGGUGGAUCGUUGCCGAAUUUUUUCCCCUCCUUUCCCC